AUGACAGCGCCGUCCGGCUGUCCCCCACAGAGCAAGAAAACUGCGACCAUCUCAAAAAGCACCAAUCAGACAAGGAACAACAUGCUACCGGGAGUCACCGGGGCGGGCGAACCAAAGGCGCAGCGACGGGGGAUGCUCACAAGACCAACGCAGCCCAACCCCUCGUCCCCCGAUCCUGCCCCCCUAAAGCAGUACGGCACGGUCCCAUGGCACCCCUGCCUGCAUCCCCCCACGCGACCAAACCCCGCCCCCCAGAACCCGGACCAACAUAGGGUAGACAAACCCACCCCCCACUACCCCUGA